UUCCUGUGACGCAGAAGCUAAAGCUCCUCUUUCUGCCGGACUGGCUUCAAGCAUCCAUUCAUAACACAGCCGGUUCGACAAAGUGUUUCACUCCGCACAGCUGCUCGGUUUGUAGAACUGCGUGCGUCGCUUCGUAAAACUAGCGGACAUGGAGACUUCUGGAAACUCGCACAAGAAGCAGAAGCUGAGCAACGCUCCUGAGAGCUGGGGAAUGCAAAGAGCCACUAAUGUCACUUAUCAAGCCCAUCAUGUGAGCCGGAACAAACGUGGACAGGCAGUCGGCACAAGAGGGGGUUUCCGUGGUUGCACCGUUUGGUUGACAGGCUUGUCUGGUGCAGGGAAGACAACAGUGAGCAUGGCUCUGGAGGAGCACUUGGUGUGCCAUGGUAUUCCAUGCUACACUCUGGAUGGGGACAACAUCAGACAGGGCUUGAAUAAAAACCUAGGCUUCAGUCCUGAAGACCGUGAGGAGAACAUCCGCCGCAUCGCUGAGGUGGCAAAGCUGUUUGCUGACGCUGGCCUCGUGUGCAUCGCUAGCUUCAUCUCCCCUUACAGCCGGGACCGUCUGAACGCCAGGAAGAUCCAUGAGGCAGCGGGCCUCCCCUUCUUUGAAGUGUUUGUGGAUGCCCCGCUGGAUGUGUGCGAGCAGAGAGACGUGAAGGGCCUUUACAAAAGAGCCAGAGCUGGAGAGAUCAGGGGGUUUACAGGGAUCGACUCAGAAUAUGAGAAACCCGAGGCUCCGGAGCUGGUGCUGAAGACGGACUCCUGCAGUGUGAAUGAGAGCAUUCAGCAGCUUCUCGAUCUUCUGCAGGAGAGAGACAUUGUGCCUGUAGAUGCUUCUUAUGAGGUGAAAGAGCUCUAUGUGCCUGAGAACAAGCUGGACUUGGCUAAGGCAGACGCAGAGACUCUGCCUGCUAUCGAGAUUGGAAAGGUGGACAUGCAGUGGGUUCAGGUGCUGGCUGAGGGCUGGGCCACUCCACUUAAUGGCUUCAUGAGGGAGAGAGAAUACCUGCAGUGUCUGCAUUUUGACUGCUUGCUUGAUGGAGGGGUUAUUAACAUGUCGGUGCCGGUGGUCCUCCCUGUCUCGGGCACAGACAAGGAACGUCUAGACGGCUGCACAGCGGUGGCGCUGGUCUAUGGUGGUCGGCGGGUGGCCAUCCUGCGCAACCCAGAGUUCUAUGAGCACCGCAAGGAGGAGCGCUGUGCGCGGCAAUGGGGCACCACCUGCAAGGACCACCCCUACAUCAAGAUGGUGAUGGAAAGUGGCGACUGGCUGGUGGGAGGAGACCUGCAAGUGCUGGACCGAAUCUACUGGAACGAUGGCCUGGAUGCCUACCGCCUCACCCCCACAGAGCUCAAACAGAAAUUCAAAGAGAUGAACGCAGACGCAGUGUUUGCGUUCCAGUUGCGAAAUCCUGUCCACAAUGGUCACGCUCUGCUCAUGCAGGACACUCAAAGGCGUCUGAUCGAGCGCGGUUAUCGGCGGCCUGUUCUGCUGCUGCACCCACUAGGUGGCUGGACCAAAGACGACGAUGUGCCCCUGCCCUGGCGCAUGAGGCAGCAUGCUGCUGUGCUGGAGGAGGGUGUGCUGGACCCCAACUCCACCAUUGUAGCCAUCUUCCCCUCACCCAUGAUGUAUGCCGGCCCCACUGAGGUGCAGUGGCACUGCAGAGCUCGGAUGGUCGCCGGUGCAAAUUUCUACAUCGUGGGCCGAGACCCAGCUGGCAUGCCCCACCCAGAUACAGGUAAAGAUCUGUACGAGCCUACUCACGGCGCCAAGGUCCUCACCAUGGCCCCUGGACUUAUUUCACUGGAGAUUGUGCCUUUCAAAGUGGCAGCGUACAACAAAGUCAAGAAGGCCAUGGACUUCUAUGACCCAAAAAACCACGGGGACUAUGACUUCAUCUCAGGCACACGCAUGAGGAGGAUGGCUCGAGAGGGCCAGAACCCACCGGAGGGCUUUAUGGCCCCCAAAGCCUGGACAGUGCUGAAGGAGUACUACACGUCUCUGGAGAAGGCGUAAGUCAUUUCCCCUGGUGGAGGGCUGCAAGUGUUUUGGUUCAGUGGAAAAAAAGGAGAAAGAAGGGGAAAAAAAUCAGUGGUCAAGCAAAGGGACCACCUCAAAAAAUAAACAACUUGUUUAACUGUUUUUCUUGUGUAUGGAAUUGUAUCUUGUCUCUUGCAAUGCGCACACCUCUGGCUCCUCAAGGUACUGUGUAUUUUUACUGUUUUCAGUCUUACACGAUUGUUUUUGUGUAUUUAACUUAUUAACUCCAAGAGGCAAAUUUUAUCAAGUUUUAAAAGUGACAUUUAGUGCUUCUUCUGUACAUUUCAGUGUUUUCUCUGCUCUAACUCGCCUGCUUCAACUCAAAUUAGCAACCUUUAGUUGAAGUGGGUGUGUUGGAGUAGGAAAACACUAAAAUUUGCAGGACAGUGGCGCACAAGAAUCAAUGUUUGAGAACCUCCGAUUUACUGUAAGGAAACUUUCCAAAGAAUAAUUCUAAGCUGUUAUACAGUCAAGAAAUGCAUGAAAUCAUUAGAGUGUAAAUCUGAUGUCAUGUGAGUUUCCCGAGUGUUCACAGAUACUGUGAUUAAAAAGAAGCUACUGAAGAAGAGGUUACUGUUACAAGACACAUGUUGGCCAAUCAUUAAAGUGACUGAUAUGGUACGUCCUACAGUAAAUUCAUUUUAAAAUUGGGCCAGGUUGCCUUAUUGAAUACAGCAUUUGCCUGAAGUAGCUGGACAGACGAGGUCCAAGUGGAUAUCUGAGCUUGAGAACAUCUGGUUCCUUGGUUACUUCCUUUGGGUUAUUUGUCAUAUGACCUCAUCAGACAAAAUGGCCCGUGGUUUGUUUCUCUGUUCUCUAUCUGUAUGUUCUUCGGUGAUAUAUGUCCACUGUACAUGUUGGAAGCACCUAGCUUUUUCUGUAUUACUCUCAAGUGGUCACGCAAGCUUUGGAGUGAAACGUCUUUUAUGAAGUGAGUUUCAAACCUUAAGAGGUCAGUCAGCUGUUGGAUUGAAAUGCCUUUACUGAUAUGUGUCUGGUCCAUUCUUUUUUUAGUUCGCUUUUGCGUAGCCUUUUUGAAAAACACAGGUGUUUUUCCACAGUGGUUGGAAGUACCUGGUUACAUUUACAGUUACUGGUACUCAAGUACAAAAUUGUGCUCUCCUCAGUAUUUUAAAAGAUACUUUUACUUCUGCUCAAGUGAGGAAUCUCCUGUUUCUGUUACAUUUUAGUCAUUAACAUCUUUGUUACUUUUUCUGUUUAAUUGCAUUGUGUUUCUUUGCAUAUUGCUUAUUUAUGGAUCUUUAACACUGAAGAUUUUAACCUAAAUGAUCCAGUAAGGGGAGAAUGGUGCACCUAAUAGACUUCAGUUCUUAUAUUUACAGGUGCUGGAGGUACUAAGAAUUUCAGUUUCCAGUUCUAUAAAUUACUCAGCACUUAAGUAGGUUUUUUGACCCACAUACUUUUGUACUUGUCAAGUUUUUCCUCUGAUUUGUCAUUUUUCAGACUUUGGUUUUCCUGACUCUUUGGGAUAGGUGGAUAUGAAUCUAUUAUUUUUUUAUCAAUUAAGUCUUUAAAUGUUUGUGUUUUGUUUCUUGCUUUGUUAGUCUCUUCACUGUCUGUACAUUAGCCAUUGAUUUCUAAUCUACCAAUUCCCACCUUAUUUUUGCAAUAUUGUCUUUGUUACGUCUCUAAUAAACCGUUCUAAGAAAGCCUA